AUGCGCACUCUCACGCGCGCUCACGCGCGCUCUCACGCGCAAUCUCACGCACACUCUCGCAAUCACUCUUACGCGCACUCUCACGCGCUCUCUCACACGCUCCCCACGCGUCUCUCACGAGCUCUCUCACACGCUGUCUCACGCGCUCUCACGCGCACUCUAACGCGCUCUCUCACGCGCACUCUAACGUGCUCUCUCACGCGCGCUUUCAUAAGCUCUCUCACACCCACUCACACACUCUCUCACGCGCACUCUAACGCGCUCUCUCAUGCGCUCUCUCACGCGCUCCCUCAUGCGCUCUCUCACGCGCUCUCUUACACACUCUCUCACGUGCGCACUCUUACACGCUCUCUCACAUGCACUCUCAUGCGCACACUCACGCGCACUAUCACACGCUCUCUCACGCGCUCACUCACGCGCGCUCUCACGCGCACACUCACGCGCUCUCUCACGCGCACUCUACGCGUGCACUCUCACAUGCGCACUCUCACACGCACUCUCACGCGCACUCUCACGCGCUCCCUCACCUGCCCUCUCACGCGGCCUCUCACACGCUCUCACGCGCACACGCACUCUCACGCGCACACUCACGCGCACUAUCACACGCUCUCUCACGCGCUCACUCACGCGCGCUCUCACGCGCACACUCACGCGCUCUCCCACGCGCACUCUACGCGUGCACUCUCACAUGCGCACUCUCACACGCACUCUCACGCGCACUCUCACGCGCUCCCUCACCUGCCCUCUCACGCGGCCUCUCACACGCUCUCUCACGCGCACACGCACUCUCACGCGCUCUCUCACGCGCACUCACGCGCUCCCUCACACUCUCUACACGUGCGCACUCUUACACGCUCGCUCACACGCACUCUCACGCACACAUUCAUGCGCACUCUCAUGCGCUCUCUCACGCGCUCUCUCACGCGCGCUCUUACGUGCACACUCAUGCGCUCUCUCACGCGCACUCUACGCGUGCACUCUCACAUGCGCACUCUCACGCACACUCUCACGCGCACUCUCACGCGCACUCUCACGCACUCUCUCGUGCACUCUCAAGCGCACUCUCACACGCACUCUCUCGCACACCCUCACGCGCUCUCUCACGUGCGCACUCUCACGCGCACUCUCACGCGCACUUUCACGCGCUCUCUCACAUGCCCUCUCACGCGGCCUCUCACACGCACUCUCACACGCACCCUCACACACAAUCUCACGCCCUCUCCCACGCGCUCUUUCACGCGCACUCUCACGCACGCGCUCCCUCACACUCUCCCUCACACGUCUCUCACGCGCUCUCUCAUACGAUCUCUCACGUGCUCUCACGUGCUCUCAUACGCACUCUCACGCGCUCUCUCAUGCGCUACGCGCUCUCUCACGUGCUCUCUCACCUGCCCUCUCACGUGGCCUCUUACGUGGCCUCUCGCGCACUCUCACGCGCUCUCUCACGCGCUCUCUCACGCGCACACGCACUCUCACGCGCUCUCUCACGCGCUCUCUCACGCGCACACGCACUCUCACGCGCUCUCUCACGCGCUCUCUCACGCACACUCUCACGCGCUCUCUCACGCGCUCUCUCACGCGCACUCUCACGCACACUCUCACGCGCUCUCUCACGUGCACACGCACUCUCACGCGCACUCUCAUGCGCUCUCUCACGCGCUCUAUCACGCGCUCUCUCACGCGCUCUCUCACGCGCACUCUCACGUGCACUCUCACGCGCUCUCUCACGUGCACACGCACUCUCACGCGCACUCUCACGCGCUCUCUCACGCGCUCUCUCACGCGCUCUCUCACGCGCACUCUCACGCGCACUCUCACAAGCUCCGUCACGCGCUCUCUCACGCGCGCUCUCGCGCGCACUCUUACGCGCACUCUCACGCGCUCUCUCGCGCGCACUCUCACACGCUCUCACGUGCGCUCUCUCAUGCGCACUCUCAAGCCCUCCCUCACGCGCUCCCUCACGCGCUCUCUCACGCGCUCCCUCACGUGCGCACUUUCACGCGCACUCUCACGCUCUCUCUCACGCGCACUCUCACGCGCGCACUCUCACGCGCACUCUCACGCUCUCUCUCACGCGCACUCUCAUGCGCGCACUCUCACGCGCACUCUCACGCGCUCUAUCACGCGCUCUAUCACGCGCACUCUCACGCACAAUCUCGCGCGCGCACUCUUAGGCGCUCUCUCACGCUCUCUCUCACGCAAUCUCUCACGCUCUCCCUCGCGUUCCGCGACAGCGGGGAGGAGGGAGAGGCGACGGCGGGGAGGAGGGAGAGGCGACGGAGGGUAGGAGGGAGAGGCGUCGGCGGGGAGGAGGGAGAGGCGACGGCGGGGAGGAGGGAGACGCGGCGACAGGGAGGAGGGAGAGGCGACGGCGGGGAGGAGGGAGAGGCGACGGCGGGGAGGAGGGAGAGGCGACGGCGGGGAGGAGGGAGAGGCGACAACGGGGAGGAGGGAGAGGCGACGGCGGGGAGGAGGGAGAGGCGACGGCGGGGAGGAGGGAGAGGCGACGGCGGGAAGGAGGGAGAUGCGACGGCGGGGAGGAGGGAGAGGGGAUGGCGGGGUGGGAUGGAGAGUGGAUGGCGGGGUGGGAGGGAGCAGCGAUGGAAAGGUGGGAGGGAGAGGCGAUGA